AUGGUCCACAACGUCAAAGAAGGCAUUUCGCUAGCCAAGGAGGCAUCAGUCCUGCUACACGGCGGAUUCUCCAUCGAGAAAAUCCACGAUGUGCAGUCAUUGAUUGGGCGUGGAACGUCUCUGCUGCAUAAAUUCACACAUUCGGAAGCUUCGGAUGAAAAUGGGCUUGCGGAUGAGAAUUUCAUGGAGGACUGGCGAAAUGAGGGCAAGGACGUGUGGAUGUCUAGUGGCUGUGCUAAUGAUCAGACUUCUGCUGAUACGAGUAUGCAAGGUCUUGCCACAGGCGCAAUGUCGUGGGCUUUUAUCAACACUAUGAGGAGUAAUCCGCGCCAGAGUUACAUUGAGGUCCUGCAAACCACUAGGGGUUUGCUGCAGAGUAAGUACUCGCAAAUUCCUCAAUUGGCUGUGGGUGGGAAAUACGACCUGAACCAGCCUGUAUAUGUUUGA